CUUUUCCUUGAACACAGCAGAUCCACUUCCUCCGGACAGGAGAGCAGCAGCAGAGCUCCAGAGACAGGUUGAUUUCCGGGAUGACGAGCCUCCAGCUGAGUGCGAAGGAGGAGACGGUGGAGAGGUUUCUGGACGCCGCCGCCAGAGGAGACCUGAACCAGGUGUCCACGGUUCUGUCCCACAUCCCCUCGCUCAUCAACCGGACCGGAUACAGCGGCUGGACGGCGUUGAUGCUCGCCGCUCGCAACGGACACUACGAAGUGGUGGAGGCGCUGCUGUCCAAAGGCUGCGACAAGUUCUCCGUGAACAGCUCGUCGCAGAGCGCCUACGAUAUCGCCAAGUUCUGGGGCCACCGGCACGUCGCCGACCUGCUGGGCCGGACGGACGACGGCUGCCGGCGCGUCCUGCCGGGCGCCGACCUCCACCAGCAGGAGAACUACUUCAGCAGAGAGACGCUGGACCGGCUGAGCGCCAAGAGGACCGACAAGGUCUGGUUGGAGGACAAACGGAGCGACCCGGACACUGUCUACCUCCUGUUCUCCAACCUCAGCCCCAUGGUCAGCAGCACCCAGGAGGACGACAGCGCAGGGGUUGAGACCAGGCUGUGUCGGUUAAGAUACGAGGCAGUGAAAGACCUUCUCCAGAAACCUGCGACUGUGCUCAUCUUCCUAGGAGUGGAGAAGAGGAAAAAACCCUCGUCAUCCUCCUCCUCUCAGACAGUGGAUGGUGUCCAGGAACCUCCCGCUUGGUUUGCCAUCAACACAGACGAGGACGCUGCUGAACUUCUGAAACGCUGCAGAGAAAAGAACUGCUGCUUCCCAACGACGCCCAACAGAGACCUGCUGAAGCUCAGCGAGGAAGAGGCCGGAGUGGUGGCUCAGGCUCGGUCGGUGUCGGCCUGGCACAGCCGCUACAGCUUCUGUCCGACGUGUGGUAGCAGCACCGAGCUGCAGGAGGGAGGAUACAAGAGGAGCUGCCUGAACUCCCACUGCAGGAGCCUGAAGGGGGUCCACAACACCUGCUACCCACGAGUCGACCCAGUGGUCAUCAUGCUGGUGAUCCACCCUGAUGGAAACCAGUGUCUACUGGGAAGGAAGAAGAUCUUUCCGGUCGGCAUGUUCUCCUGUUUGGCUGGAUUCGUAGAGCCCGGGGAGACGAUGGAGGAGGCGGUGAGGAGGGAGGUGGAGGAGGAGAGCGGGGUGAAGGUCGGUCCGGUUCAGUACGUCUCCUGCCAGCCCUGGCCGAUGCCCUCCAACCUCAUGAUUGGCUGCCUCGCCGUCGCCAUGUCGACCGACAUCAAAGUGGACGAGAACGAGAUCGAGGAAGCUCGGUGGUUCCCACGGCAACAGGUGAUCGACUCCUUCAGAGGAACCCGUCCAGCCUUCACCGUCCCUCCCAGACAGACCAUCGCCCACCAGCUGAUCAGACACUGGAUCGGCAUGAGCUCUAACCUCUGACCUUUAGCUCUCCACCUCCAGACCGCCAGAUGGGUCCAAAAAAACAACUAGCUGCUUUCUGAAAUGCUGCGAGUCGAGGGAAUCACCAGGUUCUUCAGGUUGUACAUGACAGAGUGCUUUAAUGUGGUUUGUAUCUACUGUUACAUCCACAUUAUUUAAAUGCACUGCUUGUUUGUGGAGUGAUUCGGCCUGCAGCUGUUACAUAAAUACACUAAUAUACUAAACUAAUAAAAACGUUUAGGAAGAAAUGGAGAAAGUGCACACGUUUAGGAUAUAAUGCCAGACAAAUGCAGAAAUAUUUAAGCUGAAAAUUAGACAAAAACAGCAAUACUUUGAUAUUAAACUCCUCUGAAGCUUCAGGCAUCGGUUUUAUCGAAAGGGAUUCUUUGUCAAAUCAAAUGUCAGCCAUCUGUAUACGUGUAUUAAAUGUAUCCACAAGCUCAGAAGAUUCAUUGAUUGAUUAUAAAAUCAAAACAAGUUUGAUUCCCCUUAACAAUAUCUACACUGAUGGAUGAUGAUUAUAUUUCACUGAAGCAUGGACAAAACGACAAAAUGAUAAUCGAUGAACACUAAAUGUCUGUAAACUAUAAAAAUAUCACAUUGCUCAAUAAAACUUAU